AUGCUCAAUGCCUACAACGCAAUGUUUGUUAAGCGCGUCGGCAAGUUCUGGUGCGGAAUGGAAAAGUGGCAACUUACGGACGACGUCGCUGAAGCGUUAAGCAAGUCGCUUUGCAGUGAGGCCACGGAAAAAUUCUUCAAUCGCGUCUGCUUCAUCCACGAUGUCUGUUAUGAGAAGCUGCAGGACAGGGAUCUACUGAUGGAGAAGAGGCAUGAAAUUUGUGAUGAAGAUUUCUGCCAUAUACUACUAGAAGCGGCCGCCAGGGAUGCAGGAAAAUGCGUCGACCUGGCUGUAACCUUCUGUACGGCAGUUAAGAGCCCUCUCUACGACGUGUUCGGCAAGAAGAAGCUCUUAAAAGCGAAU